CCUUGCUAAAAAAUCUCUCCUCUUCCGGCCUAUUCCUUCCUUGGUGACCUCUCUUUCUCUCUCUUCUAGCUCCAGCUUCGUUCUCGUCAUCGUCGACACAGCUCACAAGCACAAAGCGAAGGAGCUACACUUUGCCUAGCAAGAACGACCUUACUUAAUUACGUACCUUGAGGAUACAGUUGCGAUGGGGAGGUCACCGUGCUGCGACCAGGACGCCGGGGUGAAGAAGGGCCCUUGGACGCCGGAGGAGGACAAGCUGCUGGUGGACUACAUCCAGAAGAACGGCCUUGGCAGCUGGCGCCGCCUCCCCAAGCUCGCCGGCCUAAACCGCUGCGGCAAGAGCUGCCGCCUCCGCUGGACCAACUACCUCCGCCCCGACAUCAAGCGCGGCCACUUCACCGACGAGGAGGAGAAGAUCAUCAUCAACCACCACGCCAUGCUCGGAAACAAGUGGUCGUCUAUAGCGACGAAGCUGCCGGGCAGGACGGACAACGAGAUCAAGAACUACUGGAACACGCACCUCCGCAAGAAGCUCCUCGGCAUGGGCAUCGACCCAGUCACGCACCGCCCGCGCACCGACCUCAACCUCCUCGACGGCUUCCCCAACCUCCUCGCCGCCGCCGCCGCCGCCGCCGCGCACAACACGUGGGACAUCAACGCCCUCAAGCUCCAGGCCGACGCCGCCAAGUUCCAGCUACUCCAGGCCCUCGUCCACGCGCUCACCACCGCCACCGCCACCGCACCCAGCGUCGACCUCAUGGCUCUCCUCGCCGCCAUUGGCCCACCGCACCCAGGCAGGGUCCAGUACGAUGGCCUGCUAAACCUGCCGGCGUUGACCAUAGUGCCGCCCGUCGAGCCGGGGAUGUCCUCCUUCGUCGGGAUGUUGAACGGUUUCAGUACUGGCGGUGCCGGGAGCGCCCUCGCCACGGACGGGCUGAGCCCGAUGCAGCUCGGGCGCAGUGGGCCGAGCGGGAGCAAUAUGACGGCAGCCAUGGCGCCACCGUUGGUAGUGGCGGAGGAGUGUAAUGCUGGUUGCGGAAGCGGUGGCGGCACGACGCCUUGUGAGGAGACGCCGGCGUCGAGCCCGUUCGUCGGGCUGGAGAACCUGAAUUACCUGGAUGACCUCAACAACGACAAUUGGAAGGAAUUGCUAGAGCAAAUGUCAUUUUUGAACCCGAAUGAUCAACUGUGAGAAGAAAGGACAUAAAUAUUUCAUAGGAGAUGAAGAAUAAGAAAGUUUAAAAGAUCGAGAGAGUUUCUUUGGGUUGGUUGCACACUUCUUCGGAGAUGUGAAGUUUGUUUGUUGAUAGGACAAAAGGUGGCCGGGUUUGGUGAUCCACUUAUAGCUAUGUACAAAGAAAGAUCGACAUAAUGACAUGUAAACUCACUUCAAUGUUUCUAAUUUGUUUUUGUAGUUUUUUCCCUUUGCCUUGACAAGGAGGAUAUGUGUGCUGAUUAGCUUGUGACAUAAAUUAAAAGACCUUUCCUUUUCCACUCCCAAGUGUGAUUAUUCAUAUGUACUUGUUGCAAACGAUUUACUACAAUGCAUGUUACUUGAGAGAUGAAGCUAAAC